CUGGCGACUUCUAGUAUUCCGUAUCACUGACUAUCAUCUUCGUUGACUAGUCAGGUGCCCCAACGCCAAGAACUUCCAAAAUAUAUCCUGGCAAUUCCACCUCCAAACAAUCUAGCAUCCCAACUUUUCCCAAUCCACUUCCUUUUUCCUAUUCUCACUCAGCCACAGACAUAAAUAAAUGGCCGGAAAUUGCCUUCUGCGAUCGUCCAGCGCAAAAGCAAUUUCUGUAUCUCAAUUCCUGGAGAACUUCACACGAACAUGGUCCGAGGCGCGGCUAUCCGUCGCAGGACGGAGAAGAGCAGAAUGUUCCAUUCCACGCAGACUGGGACUUGCCAUUAGCGGAGGCGCAGAUUCCAUGGCCUUGGCAUAUCUGUGCAGCCAGCUGGAAAAGAGCCAACUGGUGAAUGGGCUGAGCGUGACGGCCUUUGUGGUGGAUCAUAAAGCCCGCGAGGAAAGCAGCCGAGAAGCAAACACCGUUGCCGGAUGGCUUUCUGAUAUCGGUGUUAAGGCUCAAAUCCUCGAGCUCGAAUGGCCACAAACCACCACUACGCCGUCAAAAGUGACUGCGUUUGAAACACACGCGCGCAGAUUGCGGUUUCAGGCUAUUGGCAGGGCAUGUCGAGAUAAUAGCAUCGAGACACUGCUUAUGGGUCAUCAUCAAGAUGAUAAUGUUGAGACUACGCUCUGGAGGCUUUCUUCCGGAGCACGCGGUGCUGGGCUCGCGGGAAUUCCCCGGGUUGCUCGAAUCCCUGAAUGUCAUGGUCUCUAUGGGGUAUCUGAGAGUGGAUCUUCCGUUAAGCUACCGGGUAGAAAGACGAGUCUGCAGAUUAACAAUAAGGGUGAGGUUCAAGUUCAGGAUACUUCAUCCUCGUCAUCAAUACGUCCAGAGACAACCGUAUCAACAGGCGGAAUAUCAAUCUGUCGGCCACUUCUCUCAUUCCCCAAGGCUAAUCUCCUCGCAACCUGCCACGAGAAUCAAAUCCCCUUCGUCUCCGACCCGACCAAUUUCGACCCAACUCUCACCCCCCGAAACGCCAUCCGCAGUCUCCUAUCAUCCAACAAAUUACCACUCGCCCUGCAAGGCCCAUCGAUUCUAUCUCUAAUAAAGUCAAGCCAGAAUCUCCUCAAAAACUCAGACGACCUCUCGAAUCGACUCUUGGAGACAUGUAAACUCCUCAAUCUCAACCUCAAUACAGGGUCGAUGGUUAUCCAAUUCCCACCCUCCCCAACAACAGCACAGCUCUCCUCCCUCUCAUCCUCCUCCACGACGGAAAAAACAGCAGAAAUUCAAGCCUUGACACUCCGCCGCAUCACAGAACUCAUCUCCCCAUACCCAGACAACCACUUCUCCCUCCGCAGUUUCGAACCCUUCACUCAUCGUAUCUUCUCGACGGCUCUUUAUACCAUGAACAUGAACCGCCAAUCGUUUACCGUCGGCGGUGUCAUGUUUCAACCUUUACGCUGGAAACCACUGCCUACUUCGUCUGAUACUAUAUAUAAUAACGCAAACGUUAAUGCUAAUGUUAAUACCUGGCUUCUCUUCCGCCAACCAUUCAUGCGCCACCGAGCACCUGUUCUUCGAGUUGAGGUCCCUGUUCCGUCAUCAUCAUUAUCAUCAUCGUUUUCUCAUGUUUCAUCACCUGUCUAUACACCAUGGACACUAUGGGAUGAUCGGUAUUGGUUCCGGUUUACGGUUGUUCCAGAAGAUGGGGAUAUGCCCACUCAAGACCAUGAUGGGCGGCAGAGCAUCUCGCUGGUUCUUCGUCCGCAGCAGCAGUCUGAUCUAACAAAGCUUCGUCGGUCUUUUGAUUACAUGCCAGGGAAACCUGCUGCAGAUAAUAGAGCCCUGACGGAGCUAACGAAUAUGCUUUCCCGUGAAGCUCCAGGACAGGCUCGUUUUACUGUUCCUGUACUGACGAUGGAGAAUCUUUCUAAAUCCGAAGAAAAUCUACUGGCUAUUCCAACAAUAGGAUUUCGAUUUCCUGAGAGUGGGACGCAGGAACUUCUACAGGCUUCUGGGUGGAAGGUACAGUGGGAAUGGAUGUAUAAAAAGAUUGACAAUGAGCCGCUCAGAUUAAUGGGCUGGUUGGAAGAUAAUAGUUAAGCUAUUUUACAUGAAAAUAGAAAAAUAAUAGAAGAAGAAAAAAAAAAAUGCUAAAGACAGACAAGGCUAAAAGCAUGACAAUGCUAUCGCUGUGCAAGUCGCCAAUAUGAGAAUGACAAAAAUCUGCCAAAACAAAAUAAGCCCCCAUGUGAUGCAUUGGGAAUAGGCAAAAGAAAGGUUGUGACGUAUGUCAAGAGGAAAGAGAAAAACCUAUCAACAGAGUACGGAAAUGUGAUAUAGAGACAGAAACAGAAAGGGAACUCUGCAGCCAGUCUUCGCGAGAACUGGCAUCCAAAGUCAUCAUGUUCCCUUCUGGACAUAUUCAAGAGGCUGCAUAGACACCAUAAAAAAAAAAAAAAAAAGAGAGAGAGAGAGAGAGAGAGAGAGAGAGAGAGAGAGAGAGAGAGAGA